CGCGUCUGACUUCCCCACCUCAACCUUUCACGCUCCUCCCUCAAUGUCGCACAAUACACCACCGACAUGACUACGGUCGCAAAACCACCAGAACCGCAACGAAGGUCAUCAUCAGGUCUCAUCAGCAAUGGUGUGCUGUCAGUUGCCCUCGAAGCUGUAGGGACACGUCCUCGACGCGCGCAAAGGCGCCCUACCAAACCAGCGGCAUACGAGCUCGCCAACCACGCGAAGGCAUUCAUUGAAGGCUUUCAGUUUGCAAACGCGUACGAGUUCCUCUACAGCCUGCUCGCAGCUGGCACCUCCAUUUCUACCCCCGCCCAACCAUACAUUGGCUUCCUACCACCACCCUCACAAAUUGCGCUCGCCGCCUCUCUCAUCCCCCACAAGUUCAAGACACCCUCGAAAGAGACUAGCAAAAGCUCUGAUGCAGCCCUCCGCUACCUGCAAUGUCUCCUAAACACUGUAGAGGCACCAGCAUAUCCUUACAUACGGCAAGCAUUCACCUUUCCUGCAGAGCGCACACGACGACGUCCACGUGGAUACAGGAAUGCGACUAGAAGUCUGUCUCCUGAAGAAGAUGAUGAUAUCGAUCACCUCUACUGCGAAGCUGCGAACGAUAAGAGUCUGUGGUACAGAGCCGACGACUUCUGGCACAUUGUUGGAUGGUCGUUCAACUGCUCUGCGGCAUAUAAGAAGCGAUGGGAGAGGUGGAAACUGUGGCUGGCCGUCAUGCUAGACUUCUUGGAGGCGGACUGGGAUGUUUGCGUUAAGCAAAGCCAACACGAUGAUACAGGGCAAGAAGCUGCGUUGCAGCAAAGCCUCAUCUGGCAGUACGUCGUGGGAGAAGGCCAGUCGAUGACACGAACGACGAGACGGCGCAUUGCCAAGGCCAUUUUCGCGAUAGCAUCGGCUGAGUCUAUGAAAGACUAUCCCCAGAUCUGGGAGAGGGAGACUUCGGAGCCGAAGGAGAGAGCGAACAAGAAGCAGAAGCUUGGAAAUGUUGACUUCGAGACGGGUGAAGUGGCAGAUUAUGACAGCGACGAGGAGAUGAAGGACGCUCCCGCACGAGUGACACGAGCGAUCGAGCGCAAGUUCGAAGCCACCCCUCCAUUAGAUCUGUCUGACAUCAACGAUGGCAGCUUGAAUCUGCAUGAAGCUAUAGAACGAUUAGGCGGCAGCGACGCAAUAGCAUUGCGACAGCGUCUCCUAGCGUUGCUGGCACAAGUAGCAAUCAAGCUCCCCACCCAAUUCACGACGCUCAGCGACUGGUUCGACAAUGUUGUGGAGGAUUUUCGAUACCUGCCGACUAUGCUUUUCAACGUUUUUCUCGCUACAUUGGCAGUACCUGGACACAUGAAGUACAUGUUCCUCGCCAACCUGCUCUUACCUUUCGUUAGCGGCACCCUGCCCGACUACUUCCGCUACGACCCAACGCAAGACCACUUCGAAUCCAUCUUAUUGCCUCUGAAAGGCAGUCAGAGCUUUGCAGCUAACGCCAAGGUCUCUCUCAUUCUUGAGCAGUUGUUCAUGCUCAUGAUGGCAGAGGAUGGACUCAAGCCAACAGAUGCGCUGAGGGAGGCCAUGGAGACCGGUAUACAAGUCAGACAUAACGUCUACGGGUCUGGCAGAGGCAAGAGGGCGAAUGCCAAGGAGGAGAAGCAAGCACGUGAACUCAUGGAGGCUAGCUCAGGACGACUGUUGGGUAUGUUGGAAGUGCUCGAGGUCAUGUCAGGGAAGCCGCCGCAGAAGAAAGCGGACCGCAAGAACAGCGUCUUGCUGUCUUUUGGAUCUGGAUCACCGCUCUCAUCGGCGCCGAGCGAUACUGAGGAGGACUAGAAAUCGCCUUGGUAUAAGCCACGAUGUGGCCUCCAGUAAGUGGUUCUUUGGCAGAGACGGUCUUCUGGGGCUGCUCAUAACGAUACCCCGGCUUGUGCACUGCACGAAUGUACCCCCAC